UAUUGAAUAUUUUGCAAGCCGCAGCGCAGACUUGGAAAGACAAUAUAUACACACAGUGGUUUUCGACCGAUGCUGGCGUUUCCACCAUGCUGCUUCGCUCUGGGUUUCCUCGGUUGGAGCCGUGUCCACGGAGUGUAGAGAUUGCCGGAGCGCGGGAAGGAUAGUCCCCACAAUCGGCAAAUGUCGUCUGUAGCCCGAUCUUACUCCGGCGGAUUAAUUAUUGAUAUGACAUUCACACGCCUUGUGUAGUGAAGAUGUAGAAUUCCAUUGGUUUGUGUGUAUACGCUACUGGAUGAGUCUACUCGAUCACAAUUGAGGCUUAUGAUCUAAUGGUUCCAAUUUGUGUCUAUCUGAUUCACGUUCUACGAUUUGGAGACAAUGACUAGAAACGAUGUCUUUCUUGGGUUUGGAUGUGUUUCCUUCGUUACGAAAUAAUCCUUAGUAUUAAUCAAUGCUCGGAUUCCCGCGUGUGGCCCCUAAUGCUACCACUGGAUGUGUUGUUCCCAACCUACGGGGGAUUCUCUACUUCGCGCUCGAGUUAUGGCACCGACAUGUGUGCUACCUUUCCUUGGUCACUUACCGGAGAGUAUUGUUAGGUUUGCUGUGUUUCAUAUUAUGUCCGUUAAAUACUUUAUUCGAUGUCAUAUCCAUGACGGCAAGUAGUACUAUGGGUAAUGAGUCUAGCAGUAUCCCCUCCGAUUGUACUACACCCACUUCCGAAUGGCAGUCUGUGCAGUCGUUCGGAUCAAAGCGUCGUUCGUCCGUGUCGUCAACACGCCUUCCUACCCCAACGGACCCACCUGAGCCUGACCUGGCGCACCUGUCCGAGGAUGAAAUCAAACAAAUCCGUUCUGUGAUUGGUCGGGCCAAAGAGCUUCAGGAGGAGGAGCAGAAACGGAUCAGGGACCUAGAACAGGACUAUACAGCGUAUGCAUUAACGGUGGAACAACGAGCACAGUCUGUGGAACCCGACCUCAAGGACAUACCUUUAUGUCCACUAUGUAUGAAGAACGAGCUGCGUAUGGACGGCUCGGGCAUGCGCAAAGGCCAAGAUGUUUGUGUGGAUUGCGAAAAACUCACCUGUGCGGAAUGUGGAUCUUUCGAAGGUUCACUUACGACUAGGCUGCAAGAAUGGGUGUGUACAGCGUGUCUGAAACGCCGGAAGUUGGUACUGAGUUCUGGUAUGUGGCAUCCGGGAGUGGAGCCGAGGGCGGAAGUACCACUGUCAAAACAAAUAGAAACUCGGAUGGAAACUAUGAAGGACAAAGACAAAGGCAAUGGGAAACACCAAGUAGAGAGAAACAAUGUUAAACCUACAGAUAAAGGUAACGGGCGGACUAGUACAGAAAGGUCAAAUGGAAGAAGCCUGGCAGAAAGAGGAAAUGGACGGAAUUCAGCGGAAAAAGUUAAUGGGAGAAAUUCGGUUGAUAAAGGAAAUGGACGAAGUGUGUCCGAUAGGGGAAGUAAACAUUCACUCGAUAGGUCAGUGUCAGAACCAGAAACAGUGAGAACAAAACCACCUAUACCAAAAAAACCAGCAAGUCUACUUCACCAAACCUCAUUACCCAACACACCUCCGGUACCGGCACCACGACCCGGCCUACCCCCGAAGGGCAUUUCGAAAAGUACGGAAGGCAGCCGGGAAUCUUUAAUAGAUAGCCCAGUGUCUGAGGAUGGACCUUCUAGUUCUGGUGGUCAGUCGAGACUCCGAGGCGUCCUCAGGACCAUGGUCGGCAGCUGUGCGAUGGGCCAAGGUGCCAGGAGCGAUUCGGAAACCUCGGCGUCUGACGUGGAUAUGGAAGACGUUUCUAUGCACUAUUACCAAGGCGAUGGGAUGAGUACGGACGAUGUAAGUGAUGAUUAUUCGAUGAUGAGCAUCGGAAGUAGUGAUGACAGUGGUAGACUUCGCAGGAAACACCGCCCGAGGUCGCUCAACAUCCCGCGUUCUCACAGUGCCACAUCGUCAGAUGACGAGACAACUGAUAGCACUGUUAGCACGGACACUGAGAACCGACUGGCUCCUCUGGCUGUCAUGAACGAGGCCAGGGUCGCGUUGGCUGCUAGUGCAUUCGCAGAGGAGAUGGAAGACUUUAAAGGGGAGUCUUCUGUCGAUGAAAUUAUGGACAAAUAUGAUUCGGAUGUGCAGGACGAUCUGAAAUCGCAUAUGAGCCCAUCACCUCCGAGAAGUCCGAGUUGGAGGGCAGGCAUAGAGAGUCCACCAUUUUCGCCAAAACGGAGGGAUUCUUAUCCCGGUAAAAAACGUGCCUCGUCUCCAGUGUCUCCCAAAGACAGUCGUCUACAAUUUACGUAUGAUGUGUCACCUCCAGUUCGUCAGCUUUCGGUUGAGGAGUUGUACGCAGAGGCGCAUGCACUUGGUGAGGCAGGAUACGCCGUUAUGCCAAUCGUUCAAAAACCUUCACCGAUAUCACCAGAGGAACUUGCUGACGAUAUGGUAACAACAAUGGGAGAACCUUUCCUUCUUAAAAUGCCCGAGAGCAAACCGUGCCAUAAUCUUCACGAACUUGAUACGAGUCAUAUAGAUCUCCCCGAUACAGCUGUAGCUAUAGAUCUCGCAACCUAUGCGGCUACCAUCGCAAGUAAUACUGCCAACCUCACACAAAUGACGGUGUCACCUACUAAUUUACAGGUUUUACCCGUGCACGAACACGAUCAGAUUUCCCCAGACUCGCAGGAUACUGAGAGCACUGAAAGCGCGUCGCCGAUUUCUCCAAGUUAUUAUGAAAAUGGUUCUGAUGAUUUGGAGGAAGUUGAACUUGCAGAUCCAUCUUCAAAAGCAAUAGAUUAUCAAGGUUCUAAGCGUCAAAAAGUUCGGCCUCCGUCGACCGACUGGUCCCCAGUGAUUGACUUAUCACCUAUUCUAGAUGUGUCGCCAUCAAUUGAAGAAGCAGAACGCGUCGAUAUGUUCGAAAAACAGGAGGAAGAACGACGGAGGAGAGAAUCACAGGAGGAAGAUGACGACGAUGAUGAUGACGAAGAUUAUGAUAGUUAUUUUCAGCCUUUAGAGGAUGAUGAUGACGAAAAAAUAUCUUAUUAUGGUCUUAAGAGGUAUGAUAGGGUAGAAAAUAUAUGUCAACUUUUACAAAGCAAUGGCCCGAACAUAAGUGAUGGUCUUAACAGCUCUGUGGAGGCAGCAUGCAUGACAGUGGACGAAAGUAGUUUGGUUAAUGACAUCACAGGGCAUCCAUUUACAUGUGCAACAAUAGCCUCGAAGUCGGUGACUAAAGACGUGAUAUUAAAAAGUCAAGCUAAUAGUUCAGAAGUACAAACAACUUCAUCAACUAAUAAUCAACCAAAAGUUAGUCUAGUUCAGAGUAGGGUUAAUUCGUUUGAACAACCCGAAAAGGGUGCUUCCUGUUCUGGUUCUGCUUCUUCGUCAAAUGCAAAACCGAGUGAACCUGUGGAAAAACCUCCGAAACCUCCUAUAAGACCGCGGAGAAAGUUGCCAGAACCUACGGCAGAAAUGAUAGCUGCACAUACGAAAAAACACAUGAAAUCGUCGGGAAAAUACUAUGCUAGUGCACAAUCAUCAGGUGGUGCUUCUGUUGCUUCGGAUUCCUAUGUGAAAAUGGUUCCUCAAUCUAGUGAUAUAUCUCAGCGACCGGAUGGUAGAAAUAAUGACACGAAUAAUAACAACAAUAACAAUAAUAACAAUAACAGCAAUACGAACAUGGUGCAAGAUUUGCCAAAAGGUGCGGAAUUGGAUGAUAAGCGGAAAAAAGCUAAGGACCUUAAAGCGAAACCAAAUCCACUAGUGAUACGCCAUAUUGAGUCAGAGGAACAGAGUAUGUCUCCCCAGUAUAAGGUUCUAGACUCACCACCGAGUCCGGAGUCCCGUUCUUCACUGAAAAGAGACUACUCUGACAGCACUUCUGUGUCUCCCUCCUCCUCCCCCGACCGGGAGGUGUAUCCCUUCCCGUCACCCGUCACCCCUCCUGACUCUGAUUCCUCCCCACCCAAGCCUCAUUCUCCCUCCUCACCGGGUACAGACUUUGAUGAGGAUAGCACGUACGAAAAACCCACUCCAUCUAAACGCUUGCCACACCUCAAUAAGACCUUUGAGGAGAAAACUUUGGCCGAGUCCAAGGUCAAGGACAAAAUCAAGAAAUUCGAGCAGGUAUCUCAAGAUUCAAAGAAGACAAGAAGAAAAUUACCCCCGAUUCCUACUGGCGAUGAAUCUUCAAGUAGUUCGAAACAGAAGAGCCAAACCUCAUCGUCCCGUAAGCAUCACACGCACGUUAGAUCUGAAAACCGUCGAAAGCGUACUGGGUAUGGAACCCCUUCAUCAACUAGCGACGAGUCAAUGAAUGAGGAUGAUUUUGAAGUGGCUAUGUGGACAAACCAUCACCAUAAAAGUCAUACGAGGAUGAACGACCUGGAUAAACCAGCCUCCAUGGAUAAGCGGAACGGUAACUAUAUACCUGCCGGCGAUUCCUCUAAGGAUAAGCCCAUGAAGGUAGUGAAAGCAAAUAUACCUCCAGAUAAAGACAUUCUGAUGGGGGCCAUCGGUAUAUCCGAACGAAAUGACCAAAGGAGUAAGGAUAGGGAAGAAACUGAUGAAAUGAUAGAUUCUAUGAUAAACAUUUACGGUGUUCCUAUUACACAAGCUAUGAAGUCGCUCAAGAAGAGACUGCAGGACGAACUUCGGAAAGCAACUGAAGGCAGACGUAGAAGAAUUGAAGAGUUUGAAGAAAUACGGGCUCUUCAACUGCAGAUAGGAGAACUGAAGUUAAGCUCAGAAUAUGCCAAAUCCCAAUUGAAGCGAUCUAUGCAGCAAAGGUCCAAUAAAAGCUCUUUAGGGCAAAAUGGCAAGAAGCGCGGCACUUCACCAUUGCAAUCUGCGCGUUCCUCGCCCCAGGUGUUACCAAGGCGUUCCAGACAUAAGCGUCAGACGUCAGAUCCUAUGAUAUCUAAAUUCUCACCAAUUAAAGAAGAUAAAGACGUUGAAUCCGAUUUCCAAUCUAAGGGAAAAUCUGCUUCUUCAGAGCAAACGCAUAUGAAAUAUAUAACGGACGAUAGUUCGCAAUCAGGACUGAGUGACAAUGAAAGUAUACGUUCUGAACCUGUGUCAAAUGCACGUAACAAGAAAAAUAAACCUUCAGCUUAUGCAAAAAUGUUUUUUAAUGCUUCCUAUGAUGAGUCUAAGGGACCGGAAGUGGAACAAUCUACUCUACCUGGAACAAAAUCAAAGAGUCGAUCCGAAUCGCACAUACCGCAAAAGGUGAAAAAGGCCUCUCGUUCUCCGUCGUGUUUUGGAGUUGACGAGGAAAUAAAAGUACGCGAAGACAGAAAACAGGAAUUACAGAAUGAAAUUGAAAAGAGAAAGAAGCAGCUGGAAGAAACAUCUCGACUUCAGGCAGAGUUACUAAACCUGACCCGUACUUCCGGCCACGCUAUGGCUCAUAGUUAUGACGAUCUGCCGCGAACAUCAGGCUACGCUUAUCCCGCCACCCGGCCGAUACCAACAGGCAUAAUCAAGCCGCUAGAAGAUGAUGAGGAGAGUGAGUUCGACUAUCCGAGCAGACGCCUAGACGAUGAUAAAGGAUCGUGGGAUAAUUUCCAGCAACAAGCGAAUUAUAGUUCGACCGAAUACUUAGCACAUAAACAGGAAACCUCGCGAAGAAGUCGAGUAGAAGAAAUGCAUUCUGCGUAUUCUAGUCCUUUUCUUUAUAGUGGUAAUGUUGAUGAUACGCAUGCGUUUAAACCUACUAUCCAACAAUCGGACUUCUUUCGUAAGUCUGAUCCAGUCAGGGAUCCAGUUAUGUCCAGUAGUGUGACGUUACCGGAACUCCAUUCUGCCCGGACUGUCGAUAUUGAAUAUCAAACCAAAGAUACGUUUUCUGACACGGAAGCAAGCCCACCGAGCGACCCUACUCCCGCCAUGCCCUUGCUUGAUGACGUCAAAGCCAGGUCACGGAAGAUAAUUCAUGACAUUGGUGCCGGAAGUAGACCUGUUUCUGCUGAAUUCAACUUUACUGGAGGUGUUGAUGAUCUGAUGAAUGCAAUCUACCGUGCAGAAAGUGACAACAGCGUGGAUGCUGACGAACCGAUUAUGAAACACAUGAUGGAAGGAGGUGUCACAAUCCUAAAACAGCUAGAGAGAAAGAAACCGUUGAAGCCAUCUCAGCCGAAGAAAUAUGAUUUCCCGACCAAACGGAUCUUGCUUACCAGAGAUCCAAAGGAUAGAUCCAUCAAAGCAGGUAAUGGGAUAGGGAUGAAGAUUGUUGGCGGUAAGACAAUGUCAUGGACAAACGAGGUGGGAGCGUAUGUCACAGCAAUCUACCCAGGUGGAGUGGCCGAACAGCUGCACGGAGAACUCCAGGAAGGAGACCAGAUAGUAGAAUGGAAUGGCAUCGAGCUGACAUCUAAAACGUACGAGGAAGUUCAGCAGAUCAUUGGACAGCCGAAUGGUGAAAUAGAACUGGUGGUCCGACCUGGUCCUAGGUCACACACAAAAGACCCUGGCAGUUGUCACUCCUCCUAUGAUAACCUGGAGUUUGUACCUGACGACGUUUAUGAGAAAUGUUUGAAGUCAAACCAUGGUGUAGAUCCCAAACAGUUGGCAGCCCAGUUAGAGGGUAUUCAGGAGAAGGAUUCCCCUGCCGGGUCCGCCUCGUCGUCCCAGCCUGAGUUCCUGACUCCUAGUAUGUCCUCACCCUGUAGCUCCCCACACUCCGACCCUACCUCCACGUCCUCGGACCGACAGCGACAGACCAGCAUCCCAAGCAGUACGGAGAAAGAGCGAACGGCAGUUGUGGCACCAAAACUUCAGGAACAGCCACCUGAUGAAGACGUUAUACAGGCUGCGUUCGAGAAAGAAAGAACGAUGGGUGACAUACAGCUGCAGCUCAGUCACGAUGACAUCGACAGUACUCUCAGUAUACACAUCAUCGCGGCAAAGAACCUGAUAUCACAAGACAUGAACGGAUUAUCAGACCCUUUUGUCAAAAUUUACCUUCUUCCUGGUCGAUGUGCUGAGAAUAAGCGGCGGACCAAACACAUAUCUAAGACGUUGUGCCCAGAGUGGUACCAGACUGUGGUGUUCCAGGACCUCCACAGAGAGGAGCUUCAAUACAAGACACUGGAAAUAACCGUCUGGGAUUACGACAGGUUCAAAGCUAACGACUUUCUGGGCGAGGUCAUUAUUGAUUUGUCGGUACCUGGUUUCCUUGACAACCUGCCACACUGGUAUCCGUUACGUGAACAUGACAAUACCACCGGCGUAGAACUUCCGAAACCAACGGUGCUGCCACCAACCGUGAGAUCUUCGCAGAAUAUCAUUCGCACAGGUUCACCCAAUCAAUCGAGAGGCAGCAGAGAUUCUCCGAGUAAACAGUACAAGGGUAGUAAAGGCGACGGGCUUGGCGGUAGAAGGAGGUCGUUAGGGGCUUUGACAGAUGUCGACAGACUUACUACUUCUGAAUCUAUGGACAUCUCUUCGACUCACUCUUCGCCUCUUCUGCCGCACAAACCACGUGACAUGCACCUUCAGUCGUCUGAGCAUGCUCCUGGGGUAUGAAGACUGUGUGGCAAUACCAUUCAUUCGGAUGAACUGGACUAUUAUUUUCAGGUUAGUUUCUUAGCUAUCUGUGAUAUUUUCACCAACCCUGGUUACAAGAUUUUGGACUACGAUAAUACAAUGUGUGUGGCGAUUUGUCUUUGCAAUUGUACGUCAGUAGCGGUCAGUUCUACAUUCCACAGUCGAACCAACUAACUUCAGAGUCUACAAGUCAUUCUUCCGUGCAACCAAGGCUUUGUCAUUGCGGUCAUUUUGGCCUUCCGCCAAUCUCAAGAUAUUAAGAGGGAUACCUUAUGUCUACCACCGACCUGUGUUUGUCAGUUGUGGUCAGCUUGAACUUCCACUAAUAAAACAAAAUCAGAUAUGGUCAGGUAUGUCCACUAUUGAUACACACUGAUCUACAUCAAAAGGCUUUAUAAGUAAUAUUCCUAGUGACUUGUAGUGACUUGUAUCUGAUGGGUAGCAACAAGUGUUUUUCUAAAUAACCAAUGGCUUAUAUACUCCUUGUACCACACUGUAUUUAUCAGAUAUAGACGGCGCUGUAAUAUAUACAUAACAUAAUGACGAAAGUGUCUCAUUUCUGUUCUUAAUUAUCAGUAUGUUAAGAGAAGGAAAACCACAAACAGGUGUCAUGAAAUAGAUAAUGAUACACAAUCGUAUUCAUAAGUCAUUGAAAUUAGAUUCAAUAUUCUAAUAUAUUUUAAUCUCGAAAUAGUAUCGUUCUUCCAAACAAUGUAUCAAAUUGAAGCGACUAUAAUGUCUGGAUAUGUGAUAUGAAUUAAUACACUGCAGUAGUGAUGUUCGAAGUCAUGUUAAUUGAUAUGUACGGAACACAUGCCUAGACCAAUGGCAUACAUGUUAAUUGAUAUGUACGGGAUGCAUGCCUAGACCAAUGACAUAAAUGCUAACUGUGUCUUCCAGGAACCUUGGUCUGUUACAACUAUCAUCUCUUAAGAGUAGUUUUGAUUGUUCAUGUUUUGACUUUGAACGGAUAUAGAAAUACGACAUAAUAAUUGUGUUUGUAAGCUGUUGUAGUUGAGUUUGGAAUUACAAAAAAGAACAUGCAUACACGUCGUAUGAAUUGUAUUUGCCGGAUUUUGAAAACUCAUUAUAAAUUUCGAACUGAAUUUCAUUACAUGAUCAUGUCGAAUAUAAUGAUAAAAUAUGAAAUCAUUACAUUAUAGAUUAAUAUUGUAUUUACAUUGUGUUAGUCUAAGAUGCACCUCGGUGAUCAUUUGGUGAUCUUUCCAGUACUCACUACCCCAUCGGUAAGAAUACAUGUGACUUUGUUUACGUCUGUCUUCAUUGUGUAUUGGACUGUAGGAUAGUCGGACACGGUUGUAGCCAAUAUAAAGCGGGUAACAUUCCAUUUCAUAUAUUGAUACAUGUGUGUCAUACGUCACAAUUCAUUUAGUGGUUUCCUGUAUAUUUUAGAUAUUGUGCAUUUAUAGAAUCAACACAACCGAUGAUCUCAAAACAUGUGGUAGAUUGUUAUUGAUCUUCUGAAUUAUCGUAAUACGCCAUUUGACAGACGGUUAGGAAAUGUUGUCAAGUUAAAUACAGUAUAUUGAUUAAUCAUUCUUUUCUGUAAAAUAAUCCCAUUAAACAUUUGAUCUUGAGCUUCCUAGCUCGUGUGUUCAUUAAUAUAAUUAUUUUUCUUCCAAAUAGAGUCAAUGAUAUAUAAUUUUGCGACAUCAGAAAAUCACAUUCAAUAAUAUAUUAUUAUUCAGUCAAUCACUCCAGUAACUAGAACCAGUAGUGAGUAAUAUAAGAUAGGAUAUCACGUGACACCAUUCCAUUUACCACUCCAGUAACUUCUUGGAAUCAGUAGCGAGUUUUUUUUAAGGUAGGCUGUCACGUGACACCAUUUCAUUUACUACUCCAGUAGCUUACCGGAAUCACAAGUGAGUUUAAUAAGGUAGGUUGUCGCGUGACAUCACUCCAUUUAAUACUCCAGUAGCUUACUUACUGGAAUCAGUAACGAGUUUAAUAAGGUAGGCUGUCACGUGAUAUCAUUUAGUUUAACAUUCCAGUUAUUUACUUACUGGAAUCAAUAGCUAGAAUUAUAAGGUAGGUUGUCACGUGAUCUUAUAUGCACAUGUAUAUUGUCCAAAUGUCAUGGCAAAUUCGUUCUUUUGUCAUAUCCUAUUGUUAUUAAAUUUUGGUGUAUAACAAUUUUCUACGAAAUAUAAAGAUGUUUGACACUCAAAACCUAUUAUCAUUUGAUGCGUGUGAGACGGUAGAUGGAAGCAAUAUAGGAAGAAUGUAUGAUUUAUAUUGUUAGAUAAUUGGUAAAUAAUGGUAGUGAAGAAAGAUAAUAGUCAUUCCCUUCAUCUUCUUUCAACAGGAAAUGUGUAUUUAUGUAAGUAUUACUAUUGAAUAAAUUACAUUUCAGGCAAACAGCUGUCACAUAAUAGUUGUAUCUAAUAGGUGUUCGUGCAUACCGUAAGUGCCAAAUGAUUCACAAUUGUUUUAUUGAUCUACGGAUAGAAUUAUGUCAAAUGAAUGGUUAGAGUUAGUUUGAUAAAUGAUAAUCAUUUCCUUUUAAAAGAAAUGAUUGCAAAUUUGUGUGGUAUAUCAUCAAUCGCCUUCCGUUUUUCAGGUGAAGUGUACAUUUAUGGGUGUAUUGUGCUUUUUUGAUUGUAACCAGAGUUAAAAACAUUUAAUUAUUCCCUGGUGGUUAUCGUACAGGGAUUCUCUGUAUAACAUUACACUAUAUAUUAGUUCGCUGUGUUAAACUGUUUAUGUACAGAUCAGUGUAAGCAUUGUACUGCACAUUGUAUUGUGCAUUGUACUGCGCAAUGUGCAUAUUUCACAUUCUAAUUUACAAGCUAAAUACCCUGUCUAUGGUUCUGAUAUAAUAUCUGAUCUCUCAUAUAUCAAAGAUAAUAAGUUCGUAUCCAUUCAAGGAAAAUAAACAUUAAAUAUUUAUAUAUAUAUAUCCAUAUAUAGCUGUCAUAGCCCCCUUGUCAAAUUGAUUCUCUUCUAGUGACGUCAGCACCGAGUGAUAUAGAUGUCAAUAGCUGUCUAAGAGAGAGACUUGGUAGUUGAUAGUUGGUACGAGUGUUGAGAAUGACAGAUCAGUGUAAAACUAUACCGUUGAUGAUUCGGACGUGUAUAUAUAUAUAUACACGCCGACGUAUAUUGGAUUGUUUGAGGGCGUCUUUGUUGUUAUCAUAUUUCUGUAUCGGGCGUGAAGUAUGUCCUGAAUGAGUUGUUAAUAUUUUUAAUAAAAACUUAAAAUCCA